CUCCGGCUCGACGUGUAGGAGAAGGAACGGGGUGGUUUUUAGUCAGUAAGAGUCUGAUACUCUCUCGCCUCACCUGGUAGGAAUAAGCAACCAUAUAGUCAAAUCCUUAUUUUUAACUUGGGUGUUUUCGCCGAAAAUGUGCAUCUACUUUACAGUGGUAAUGACUUCUAAAAAUUAUAUAAUUUACCGCUAUGUCAAUUCAAUUGCUAUUUCAAUGAACUAUGUAAAUAAUUGUAUAGUUAGUUAUAGUGCAUAGGUUGUAAGAUAGAUAGUAUCAAAUAUAAUAAUUCUUGAAAUUGAUUCGGUUUUUUUUGCUAAUAUAUUUUGUUAAUUCUUAGCAUAAAGAAUGUAAUUCCACCUGAAUUUAAUAACAGAUUUCAUAUUAUUAUCUACCUACACUUUUAAUAGUAGGACUCUUGUUAUUACAUGCUAGGGUAAAGUUCCCUUUCAAUCCCUUUGGGUAGUAACAAACUUGAUAGUUUUGUCUACAUAUUAUACAAUACAACAGUCCAAAUCUGUAAAUGAACAUGACCUAUGGACCCUAACAUUCGACCUCCAUCCAUAAAACUGCUUGAUUUUAAAUUCAAAGAGUUGACGUCACUGUCAAAUUGACACAGAUAAUAAAAAUUCUGAUAAAAAUAUGAAGUAAAAAUUAAACUGGGACAAUUUUAACAAUAUUUAAUAAAAAAUUAAUAAAUCAAAAUAUCUUCAAUAAUUGUCAUAAAAUUGUACUUGGAAGUAUUGAGAAUAAUGAAAAGUUUGUAUAAUUCGUGGGCAGGGUGAGCAAGUCUCAUCCACAUAAAUAUGGACCCCUUGGAGUACAUAGAAACCUUCAUGAGUUCUAUACAGGAGUACAGAUGGCUCAUAGACGUGGCCAACGACUGCUACCCGAUCGCUAUAAUGUCUAAAAUACAUACAGCUUGAAGACAAUGAUAUCCGAAAAAGAUAGUCAAAGAAUUAGAAAAAAUACUGCCUCCAAUGAGAGCAAAGGCAGGUUCUCGAGAACAUCGCAAUACGUGUUGGAGAAGAGAUCUGACAGUGUAGUUUACAGUAAACUGUCUUCAAAUACGUGUUCGUCGACUGUGGAAGCGACCAGGUCCGACAUUGAUGGUGCAACCAGCAACACGCUGAGCAUGGUAAGCACGCCCUGGACUACUGAGAGUUCAUAUUCAGAUCUGUUUAUAUCAGGAUCUACGAAGUUGUCAAAGUCUUCACGUGUAUCAUGGACUAACGAGUUCACUUCCAGCUUCAUCGCAAAAACUAGCACGACCAUCGCGAGCGACUGGCGGACGGCCACUGAGGGAUCCUUCAGUAAGACUACCCUCCCUGUCCCUAUGUAUAGUUUUGCACCGGCACGGCAAGGCCGCCGGUGGAAGGUGUCUCCAGAGAGCUCGUGUAGCACAGACAGCUCCUGGACGCUGAAGACGUUAAGCAGUAUGAGUCAGUAUUCUUCACUGUACAACCAGCCAUUCAUCAGGGUGAAGUACCCGUGGAGUCCCGACACGCUGUGCAGCGACCCGGAUGACUACCCAAGCAGCCUGGAUACCCUCGCCUCUAGGAAGGGAAGCCGCGUCGACAUGACGACAUCCAUCACAGAAGAAAUAUUCUACCCAAUGAACUACACCAACUUGACGCAUAAUUUCGACGAAUGCCAAGUUAUAGACUGGACACGAACGAAAGAAAACGGGUUCCCGAUGUACUCCACAGCCAAUUUAAUAGACACCAGGGUUUAAAAAAAUUGCAAAAACGAUUAAA